ACUAAGGGGUACCAAAUGAAGCUGAUAGAAACCAGAUACAGACAGAGAAAACAGCCGGAGCCGCGGGCGGCGCCGAUCCCGAUCCCGCCCCGCGCUGGCGUUGCCCCAGGGCCCGGGCAACGGGGCCGCCGGGAAGAGCCGCUCCCAGUCCGUCCGCAGAUGUGCGCCGGGCCCCGAGGAGCAGUUCUCAGGCCAUACCAGAUUCUCAGGAGAGAAGCUCUCCAGUGCUCCCGGACAAUGGCAGGGAAAAAGGUCCUGAUAGUCUAUGCACAUCAAGAGCCCAAGUCCUUCAACGGAUCUUUGUUGAAGAUUGCUGUGGAAGAAUUGACCAAGCAGGGCUGCAGUGUCACGGUGUCCGAUUUAUAUGCAAUGCAGUUUGAGCCAAGAGCAACAAGAAAUGACAUUGUUGGUUGCUUGCACAACUCGGAAGCGUUCAAUUAUGGUGUGGAGACCUGGGAAGCUUACAAGAGAGGAGGUUUGUCCAAAGAUCUGAUUGAAGAGCAAAAGAAGGUGCAGGAAGCAGACUUGCUGAUUUUUCAGUUUCCCUUGUUUUGGUUCAGCAUGCCUGCGAUCCUGAAGGGCUGGAUGGACAGAGUCUUGGUCCAAGGCUUUGCUUAUGAUUUGUCCAAGUGUUAUGAUGGCGGUUUGCUCCAGGACAAAUUAUCCCUGUUUUCUUUCACCACUGGAGGACCCAAAGAAAUGUAUUCAAAUGGAGGUAUCGGUGGUGAUAUUCGCUAUGUUCUGUGGCCCAUGCAGCAUGGAAUUAUGCACUUCUGUGGUGUCAAAGUCCUUGAACCUCACAUCUGUUAUGCUCCAGAGAAUGUCUCUGAGGAGAAGAGGAAGGAGAUGCUGACUGGCUGGACUCAGCGUCUGAAGACUCUUUGGAAGGAAGAACCCAUAAACUGCUCUCCUGAGUGGUAUUUCAAGUAGUGUUCAGUGGAGACAAAAAGGAAUCCUAGGUGCUUCCUGGCCCUUCACACCAGUCAGGGUUGGUGUUUGGGUCUGGAGGGCAUUUGCAUCCCCUCCACCAUCAGAGUCAAUGGGCUUCCUUGGAGAUCUCCAGCACUGGCAGCUGGCAAGGCAGGAUGCCUACCUGAAAACCUGCAGGAGCACUGUCUGUCUAUGGGUCAGGAUCUUGUGGGACAAAAGGACUGUCUGGCUCUUAACAUCUGUGAUUUUUACCUUGAAUUGUAGCAGGAGUAUUUUUGAGAGCUGUUAACCCUGUUGGUUCAUACGGCAAGGGGCGGGUUUCUCACUUAGCUACCCAACUUCUUGCUUUGACCAGCUCACCUAACAGCUGGCUUUGCACUUUGGUAUUAAAAGAAAGUGGCCCAAAUAAGGAACUGUCUCCUGAGUCACUGCUAAAUGAUGCUUAGGCCUCUGCAUACAGCAUGUGCAUUCUUUGUGCCAGUCUUGUCACACCCCAUCCUCACAGUUCUUUAAGGGCUAUUUGGAUAAUAAACAUGCUGACCCAGACUCUGCACUGACAGUGUAAGCUGAUACACCAGACUGGGAAGUGCUACUGCAGGGAAAGAGUCACAUGUUCCUGUUCCAUCUUCUUCCGUCUUUGCCACCUCCUGCAGAGACAUUCCCUGGGAAGCAGUGCUGCCCAAAGCUGUUGUAGAUGUCUACUUCAGAGUGUGUGAGACAAAGUCUUUAGGUUACACAAGCAGGAAAUUUGCUUUGGCUCAAUAGCUCUGUUACAGGAAUAGGAAAGUGAAAGUUAUUAAGGGGGAAAGUGUUAUACAUCUAAGUUGUGGAGAAAGCAGAUUCAUGCCAGAAGACUUAAGGUAAACAACUUACCUGAUGAGAAAGUGGAGGACAAAUUCAAAUAUUGAAAUUGCAUAGGAGAGGAAUCAUCCUCAUGUUCACUGUGUACAGUUACCAGACUGUUCAAGAAACAAGGAAAUUGAAGUGAAAGCAGAAGUUGCAAGUGUCAAACCCAAUGUUACUGCUUUGGAUCAAUUGCAGAGCUUAGUGGGUUUAACUGUUAGAUAAAGAAUCUAAUAUAGACUGACCUGUAUAUUGAGGGUACACUUCUUGACACUAUUUGGCAGAUACAUGCUAGAUCCCAAACACAUGGUAGCGUUAGGUGUUUGUAUUAGCCUGGAUAUAUGAAAUCUAAGUAUCCACGGUGGCUGUGCUAGGUCAGAACAAGGAUCCUGCAGCCCUGAGUUUUUUCUCCACAGUGGUUGUAGGCCAGGAAUAGCAAGCACUUCCCAUGGAUACUGACUGGGUGCUAACUACAUUUAGUUUGGGGGAUUUCCUGAGGUACAUACAUUUUCUCUAUAUUUACAAAGCCAAAUAAUAGAUCUCUGUUCUGAAUUUUGUUUAGCAUUCUCUUGAAUUCAUGUCAACUUCAAGCAGCCAAUAUAUUUUGGCAAAGUUCAGCAGGUGAGUUUUUCCUUGCAUGAAGCACUGGAGUGGGGAGGAAGCCCUGGGAGGGUAAAGCACCUGGUUCCCAGUAGCUUUGUUUGGUUCCUCCCAGUCAACAGUAAUGAUCAGUCCCAUCUGUUCUUUUACACACUGCUCAGAGUUUUGUACAUGUGCAUCACCUCCACUCCUAAAUAAUCUCCUUCCCAGGCCAAGGAGUCCUGUCCUGCUCAGUUGUUCUUCUAAGAGAAGUCAUUGCCUUUGGUCACCCUUGUUCUUCUCUGAACACCUCCAGUCUCACUAUCCCAUUACUGAGAAGAGGGUACCAAGGUACAUGCAGAGUCAACUCCAUGACUUUCUUUGCUCCUUUUAUAAUCAUCUCUGAAACAUGGUUUGCUUUAGCUAAUGUUUCCAUCUCUUGUAACUCUACAAGUUGGCCAUCAGUGGUAAUGAUCAGCUCAAGGCCCAUUAUUUUAUAUCAAUUUAGGGUAAAUUUUUUUCUCAUGUGUACCCCUUUAAUAACCUGAACUUCACUUUCUGUCUCAUUGCCCACUCAAUCAUUAUUCCAGAGCCCUUCAAAAUCUUUUUCUCUUCAGAUCUCUUCAGAAAACUCAGUAAAGGUGACAGAAGACCCUACAGUUUUUCCAGUAAUGCAAUGAAACCUGCAAGUUUCAUCCUGCUGGCAAUAAAAUCAGCUAUAUGUCAAACACCUGGGGUUUUUUUGAGCAUUUUAUGUAUUUAUGUUUUCUUUACUAUAAGUUUUAAUAAGAUGGCUGAGAUUUUUAGUACAAAGUAUGUAAAAGUUUUGUUGAGAUUAGUGCAAGUUUCAGUUAAAGUAAAAAGAGAACUAAUGGCCUUAUUUAAUUUUCAUUAAUACUAAAAUUGAAGACUUCUGCUCAUGUAAAUACAUUAUUGUGAAAAGCACUAAAAAUGUAUUGACCUUAUUGUCCAUUUCAAGAUAACCUUCCUUUCUUCUCAAUCAGAAUUAAGAGAUUUCUCUGUAAAUUCA